GCCGAGAGGCUGCCGAGAGGCGGGUCACCUAGGGCGGUGCCCGGGUAGCCCCGGAGGAGGAAGAUGGCGCCGUGAGGUGGUCGGAGCCGCCGUCGCCGCUCGGGCCGAAUAAUGAAGAUAAUGGCACAGUUUCCAAAGUAAAUAAAAUUCUUGUGAGCAGCGAAGGAGCAGCCUCUGAGCAAAACCUACCAAUCGUGCUGGUGCCAGCGGGUGCCGCCGGCUGCGAGCGGGCGCUUCCUCCGCCUGGACAUGGGGCCUCAGGGGCUGGCGCGGUUGAUCAGGACACAGCAGCAUGGCCGCAACCGCUGCCGUCAGCCCCAGCGAGUACCUGCAGCCAGCUGCCUCCAGCGCCCAGGACUCCCAGCCGUCUCCUCUGGCCCUCCUCGCAGCGACAUGUAGCAAAAUCGGUCCCCCUGCAGUGGAAGCCGCUGUGACUCCUCCUGCCCCUCCUCAGCCAACGCCUCGCAAGCUCGUCCCCAUCAAACCCGCUCCUGUCCCUCUGGGCUCCAGCAAGAACAGCUUUGGGAUCGUGCCGUCGAAAGGGAACCUCUUCCAGAUCCAGGGCUCACAGGUUGGCGCCUCCUACCCAGGGGGGCAGCUGGUUUUUGCCAUCCAGAACCCAACUGUCAUCAACAAAGGCACCCGCUCCUCCGCCAGCAUCCAGUACCAGGCGGUGCCCCAGCUCCAGGGCACUGCAGGGCAGACCAUCCAGGUCCAGCCCAACCUCACCAACCAGAUCCAGAUUAUUCCUGGCACAAAUCAAGCCAUCCUCACUCCUUCCUCUUCCUCUCACAAGCCCGUGCCCAUCAAACCGGCUCCAGUGCUCAAGACAGAAGGUUCCCUGGUGCAGGGCACAAGCGGCGUGGUCAAGUUGGCCGGUGGCAACAACGUGACUCUUACCCUGCCUGUGAACAACCUGGUGACCGAGCCGGGCUCUCAGGCUCAGCUCCCCACCGAGAGCCCCACGAAGCCCAUCAAAAAGCCUCGGAAGAAAAGCCUGUCCCCAGCCCAGCCGGCAGCUGUGGCCGUGGCCGAGCAGGUGGAGACGGUGUUAAUAGAGACGAUGGCGGAGAACAUCAUCCAGGCGGGCAACAACCUGCUGAUCGUGCAGAGCCCGGGCUCGGGCCAGCCAGCUGUGGUGCAGCAGGUGCAGGUGGUGCAGCCCAAGCAGGAGCCGCAGGUGGUGCAGAUCCCACAGCAGGCCCUGCGCGUGGUCCAGGCCGCCUCCGCCACCCUCCCUACCGUCCCCCAGAAACCCUCCCAGAACUUCCAGAUCCAGACCACUGAACCCACUCCUACCCAGGUUUACAUCAAAACGCCAUCGGGUGAGCUGCAGACACUGCUGCUCCAGGAAGGCUCAGCCAUGACAGUGGCUCCGUCUGGGACCUCUUGCAGCAGCCCCGUGUUCCGCAGCUCCAGCACAGGGACCAGCAGCAAGAAACUGGCCACGCGGAAGGAACGUCCCCUGCCCAAGAUUGCCCCGGCUGGAGGCAUCAUCAGCCUGAACACGGCGCAGCUGGCGGCUGCGGCACAGGCCAUGCAGACCAUCAACAUCAACGGCGUGCAGGUCCAGGGCGUGCCCGUCACCAUCACCAACAGUGGAGGCCAGCAGCAGCUCACAGUGCAGAAUGUGUCUGGCAACAACCUGACCAUCAGCGGCCUGAGCCCGACCCAGAUCCAGCUCCAGAUGGAACAAGCUCUGUCGGGAGAGAUUCAGCCCGGGGAGAAGAGGCGGCGCAUGGCGUGUACCUGCCCCAACUGCAAGGACAGCGACAAGAGGCCGGGGGACCCAGGCAAGAAGAGGCACAUCUGCCACAUCCCCGAGUGCGGCAGGACCUUCCGCAAGACCUCACUGCUGCGCGCUCACGUCCGCCUGCACACGGGCGAGAGGCCGUUCGUCUGCAACUGGGUGCUCUGCGGGAAACGCUUCACACGCAGCGACGAGCUGCAGCGACACGCUCGCACGCACACAGGCGACAAGCGAUUCGAGUGCGCGCAGUGCCAGAAGCGCUUCAUGCGGAGCGACCACCUGACGAAGCACUACAAAACCCACCUGGUCACCAAGAACUUGUAGGGCCGGGAGCUGCCCCACAGCUCCCCACCUCUGUGGCCAGGCCUCGCCGGGGCGCCGCGCCCGCACCAAUCUCGCACUUGGACGUCCCCAACCGCGGAGAGGAGCCGCGGGGACGUGCGCCUGCCCUUCCUCCCACACACCGCCUCAGGCAGCCCCUGGCAAAGGGAGUGAGGGGCUGACCCUCCCGGCGGAUCCCCCACCCUCCCUUUAGGUCUCCAGGGCCGUGGGGUGGCCCGUUGGUGGCCCAAAGCCCAGGAGCUGGGCACAGAGAGGCCAGCUACGGCACGAGUGGGAUGGGAGAGGCUCCAUAGCACAUUCCUACUUUAUAUUUAAAGUCUAUAAAUAGCUAUAAAUAUCUCUAUCUCCCUUUGGAAGGUCCCUUUUUUCUAUGGAGAUGGUUGCCUUACGCUCCCUGCUCCCCAGCACUCUGGGUCCUGUGUGCUUCUCUUAAUCUUUAUUUAAUUCCUCCGUAAGAUGCCGCCCAUCAUCUCGCCCCCUUUUCCUCCCAACGUUUCUUUUCCAGUACUGGAGAGGUUUUUUGCUUCUGUUUUUCUCUCAGAUGUCUCUUCUCUCCCCGUUUUUGCGUUUCUGAGUGACGUGGCGCUUUUCCUUACGAAUCUUGGGAGUUCAGCCCCCUCCCCUCCCCCGUGUGCUGCUCCCUGUGUAUAGUGUACAUUGUAUCAUAGAUUAUAUUGCUUUUGUGGUCAAUACGUGUUUAACGAAAAACAAAACAAAAAAAACCACCCAAAACAUACGGCUUGUUAUUUUUUAAGCUUUUAAGUUAAACAAAUCCACUUUAUUUUUUAGCUGCAAACUGCCCCAGGUUGUUUUCUGGACGACGGUUGAUGGGAGCUGUUUGUUCUUCAUCUGCCUCAGGGACUGUGGGGGCAC